AUGAGCUCUUACUUUGUAAACUCGUUCUCGGGGCGCUACCCAAAUGGCCCCGACUAUCAACUGCUAAAUUAUGGAGCCAGCAGCGGCGCAAUGAACGGCGGGACGUACAGGGACUCUUCCUCCGCCACCAUGCACCAUGCGACGGGCUCUUACGGCUACAGCUACAAUGGCAUGGACCUGACGGUCACCAACCGGGGAGGGGGGAGCAGCGGCGCCGCCAACACCGGAGGACACUUCGGGGGCGGCUCGGUCGUCGGGGACUCCCGGGGCUUCGGCUCCCCGGCCGCGGAGAGAGGCUUCAGACAGCCGUCCAGCUGCUCGCUCGCCUCCGCGGCAGACUCCCUCCUGUCACCCGGUAGUGAGAGCACCAAGCUGGGCGUCCAGAGCUCCUCUCCCCGCUCGGAUCAACCAGGAAGCGGUAAUCUCAGCUCUCCAAACCUGUCUUCAGCCUCCUCCGGCGGCGGCGGCACGGCGCAGCGCUACACGGAGCUGGACGACGCGUCACCAGAGACCGAGGAGCUGCAGCACAACCGGGACGCCGGGCACGGCAGCAACCCAGCACCCAGGACCGGGCACCCGCAGCCCGGGCAGAAGCAGGAGGGCGGCCCGGCGGGAUCAGCCGCUGGCAGCACCGGCAGCGACGCUCAGACACCACAGAUAUUCCCCUGGAUGAGAAAGCUGCACAUUAGCCAUGAUAUGACGGGCCCCGACGGGAAACGGGCGCGGACGGCGUACACCCGCUACCAGACUCUGGAGCUGGAGAAGGAGUUCCACUUCAACCGGUACCUCACGCGGCGGCGACGGAUCGAGAUCGCGCACGCGCUCUGUCUCACGGAGCGACAGAUCAAGAUCUGGUUCCAGAACCGGAGGAUGAAGUGGAAGAAGGACAACAAACUGAAAAGCAUGAGCCUGGCCACGGCCGGUAGCGCCUUCCAACCCUAGAGAUGAAACCGUUUGGGGGGAAAAAGAAGAAAAAAAAUUAUCCAUCCGUCCAUCUGUUUGGAAAGGUUACUACCAGGCUUCCCAGGAGGGACACGUGAGAGGAACAGUAGGAAAAUUAAAGAAAACUUGAAGAAAAACACAAAAAAUAAGAGGCCAGCCGAAAAUGGAGCUAAAGAAGAAGACGGUGAUGAAGAAGCGUGUCUAUGACAAACAGAUUCCAAAUCUAGAUUUAAAAACACUUCAUAUUAUCAACCGAGUACUGUACAGCAGCGCAGCACUUUUUAUUUGUUUGGCAUGUUGGUCUUUGGUGUUUUAGGGCAACGUAAAAAUAAUGACUGUGGUACUUGCUCUUGUUUAAAAAAAAAGAAAAGAAACAAAAGAAAGAAAAAAAAAAUCAAAACUUAGUGUUCUUGUAUGUUGUCGUCGUUUUUAAACUCGCUGUCCAGAGGAGAGCAGAGGAUGAAUAUGCUACCUAACUACGUUUCUACCUACGUCCUACCUACAACCUUGCUACCUACCUAUUGUUUAAUGUCUAAAUAUCGUUUUAUGUGUCAAGUGCCGAUGUUUUGUAUUUGACCAAGUGCUUUCUAGAGAAGUCAGCAUGUGAGCUCUUACUGUAAGUUAUUUACAUCCAGUAACGCGUGUAUAUCCUACUAGUUUGAAGCCCCCCACCCCCACACUCCCCCCCACUCGCUCUCUCGGACUUGCCAUUCAAAUCUGCUCCUAUUUUUAUUGAGGACGCAGGGAAGGUGUGUGAGUGUGUUUGUUGAAAACAAAUCAGAGCUGCCUUCAUCUCCGUACCCAUCCAUACUGUGUGUAUAGCUCUAUUAUUCGGAAAAAAGUGUACCUGUAUUAUAUUGUUAUUAUUAUUGUAAUUAUUGGAUCUAUGUUUCAGAAAUGAUGUAUAUAGAUAUAUAUUGACAUUUUUAAAUGUGACCAGUUGGCUCUUUGUAGUUGCAGUGUGAGAGUGCGCGCAUGGAUGAGGAGUGUGUGAGAGAGUGUGUGUAGGCAUGUAAGGGAAAUGGCUACCGUCCUCUGAGGCCUGUAAGCUUUCUGCCAGUGAGCUUUUUGUAUUUGUUUGUAACUUGGAGUACAAAAAAAAAAACAACAAUAAAGUUCCUCAUACUCAUCAAAACCA